GUGAGAGGUUCAUUUCUACCUGCUGCUGUCAUGGAGGUUUUACAAAUCAGAGUCCUGCAUCUGAAUUUGUGUGUCAUCCUUAUUUUUCUGACCAAUGCAGAUUAUUCCAAAUCCAAUCAAGAGCAAAGGAUUCGGCAGCACAUUAACAAAACAGUGUUUGUGGGGGAAACAGUUACAGUUCACUGCAACAAAACCCAGUUUGAUGAUGAUUUCACAUGGAAAAUGAACAACUCAGUGAUUUUUAGGCAAGACUCUGAGAGAAACAGAACAAUGAGAAACUUCACCUCAAACAGGAUGAACAUCGACCCAGCAGCUCCAAGAGAAUUAACAAUACAUCAAAUACAAGCGUCUGAUGCAGGAAACUACAGCUGUUACCCAGCAGCGAUGAGAUGGACAUUAACAAUAACAGAAAAUCAGAUCAGACCAGCAUCACUCAAACAAAUGCCUCUGUACAUCAUCAUCAUCAUCAUCAUCAUCCUCAUCUCAUGUUCUGGAGUCAUUAUGAUCUCUCUGAUCAUCACCAUCAGCAUCUGUAUUCACAGGAGAUGUAAAAACAACAUACAGAGUCACAGAGAAAUGCGACAGGACUUUUCACAGGCACCGGUGAUAGGAAGGAUACAGACUCAAAGCAGUCAGUACUUUGAAAGAUAUAACUCUGUGCAUGGACAAGUAUGAAAUUAUUCUUUUUGUUCAUUUUUUUUCUUCCAGAAAAUGUUUA